GGAGGUGAAGAUGGAGGAUCUCGGCUUCAGAAAAAGCAGAAGUUCGACUUCGCUCCCGCCUGCUGAGCUGGAUCCGGACCGGUCCGGCUCGUCCCCCUCUGAGUCUCGGCCUCAGUGGUUCCACACGCUUCAGGUGCGACGGCUACGAGUUCAGCGAGGACGCAGCAACAGUGACCCGCUGGGAGGGAGGGGCUGCGAAGACCACUUCACCUGGAAACCAGGUCUUCAGUUUGGAACGGCUCAGUCUUAUCUGAGUCUGGAGAAACUGGGGGAGGGAGCGUACGCCUCCGUCUAUAAAGGCAUCAGCAGGAUCAAUGGGCAGCUCGUGGCUCUGAAGGUGAUUCGUAUGAAGACGGAGGAGGGCGUCCCGUUCACUGCCAUCAGAGAAGCAUCCCUGCUCAAAGGUCUGAAACACGCCAACAUCGUCCUCCUCCACGACAUCAUCCACACCAGAGACUCGCUCACCCUGGUCUUUGAAUACGUGCAGACAGACCUGGCCCAGUACAUGACCCAACACCCCGGAGGUCUGCACUCACACAACGUCCGGAUCUUCAUGUUCCAGCUGCUGCGAGGUCUGUGCUACAUCCACAGCCAGAGGAUCCUCCACAGAGACCUGAAGCCUCAGAACCUGCUCAUCAGCUACCUGGGAGAACUCAAACUGGCUGACUUUGGUCUGGCUCGGUCCAAGUCCAUCCCCAGUCAGACGUUCUCCUCUGAAGUGGUGACCCUGUGGUACCGCCCCCCCGAUGUGCUGCUGGGAUCUACAGAUUACUCCACGGCCCUGGACAUGUGGGGGGCGGGGUGUAUCUUCAUCGAGAUGCUGCAGGGGGUGCCGGCGUUCCCUGGAGUCACUGAUGUGUUUGAACAGCUGCAGAAGAUCUGGACGGUCUUGAGCGUCCCCUCUGAGGAAAGCUGGCCUGGAGUCAGUCUGCUGCCCAAUUAUAAACCAGAGUGGUUUCAUCAGUCCGAGCCAAAACAGUUCAGGACUGUUUGGAAAAGGUUGAACCAGCUGCCUUAUAAGACGGAGGACUUGGUCCAGAGGAUGUUGAAGGGAGUCCCUGCAGACCGGAUUUCAGCCCAGGAUUCUCUGCAGCACCCAUACUUCAGCACAUUGCCUCUUCCCAUCAUGCACCUCAGAGACACUGUGUCCAUCUUCAAGGUUCCAGGUGUUCGUCUGGAGACAGAGGUCAGGGACAUCUAUAACCCUGGGCGGAGGGUGAAACCCUCCCUGCUGCCUGGCGCCAAGUGCUGGUGAUGAAACCCUCCAAUGAAAUCACCAUCCGCCUGAGAAGACGAGCAGAGGGGUAAACAAACUGAGACUAGCCAAAACCAAAGAACAGUUAGCAUCUUAGCAUCAAACUGUGAGAAACAAUACCAUAAGUCAAGCUUACCUUCAAAAUAAAAUCAUGAUGUGUAAUAUUGACCUAUGUUCCAGGGACGGAGAGUCUGAAGGGACAAAUUCAGAGACAACUGUUAAACAUAUGAGGGAA